AUGGGGCUUCAGAAUAGUGAUCGGAUACAGCGUCGCUUCAAAGGAUACAUAGCGCCGGAAGGCGAACAAGCCAGGCCUAUCACUGGCUUCUAUGCAGACAUGCUGAAGAAACCGCUGUCAAAAGUACAGCCGCUAUCCCACACGACGCCUGAGCCGCCAAAAGAGCCACCCAAGACGCAAAAAGAAGAAACAUUCGCCAAAGCCCGUAUAAUCUUCGGCUCCACAACUGCAUUGGAAGAACGUAAACAGGAGAUUAUGAAUUCCUCCCAGAACAUUGCUGGUGUACUAGUCCCUCCGCGACCUGAAGAACCAGAUAAUUGCUGCAUGUCUGGAUGCGUCAACUGUGUGUGGGAUAUGUAUCGAGACGAGAUGGAAGAGUGGGCCGAGAAGAGCGCUCAAGCAAGAGCAGCGAUGCAGGCACAACGGCAGGAAGGAAAGGGGACAGGGAGUAUGGUGGCGGGAGAGACGUCGCCGAGUCACGUUGCUACCAGUAUGGACGAUGAUGGUGGCGGGAGUGAAACGAACUGGGACACUGGGUUCGAUAAUGCGGACAAGGACAAGUUGUUCGAUGAUAUACCCGUAGGCAUUCGGGAGUUCAUGAGGACGGAGAAGAAGUUGAAGCAAGCACAGAAGAAGGCGGAGGCCGCUGCGGCAGCGUGA